AUGACCAACAAAUUGAAAAGCGCCCAGUUUGUGCAUCGCAGGGACAAGAAUCUGCUUAAAAACUACGUCGAUUCUAAAGGGCAAACCGCCCUUCACGUGGCUGCCGCGUGCGCCGACGAGAAAAUGUGCACGUGGCUGGUGCGUGUGGGCGUCAGCGCCGAGAGCCCGGAGUCCACGGUGCUCCACAAGGUCGGCUACAACGCAGCACAUGGCUCCAAACUCACCCCCUUCUUCGUCAACAUGGGUUUAGAUUUGAACGAAAGGGACGAAUCAGGCAAAACUCCCAUCGUGCACGCCCUCAGGGCCGGAAACCUGGCUUUGGCUGAGACAAUGCUGGACCUCGGCGCCGAUUUGGAGAUCAAGGUCGGCGGAUUCAACCUCGUCCACCUGUUUUUGAUUUGCAACAACAUGAAGGCCGUCCGAUAUUUGCACAGGAAAAAUAAACAAAUGGUUAAAGAGAUCUUGUCGCCCCAAGGCACGAACGCCAUGCACCUGGCGGCCACCUUUGGAGACCUGGAAAUGUGCAGCUUGCUGUGCAAACUCGGAUUCGACGUGCGAGAUAUAGCUUCUCACUUCCGAAAUUCCGUUCUGCACUUCGCCUCGCUCAACAAGCAAUUCGGAAAAUCACUCGUCCCAUUUUUCGUCUACAAAGGAGUGGACGUUAACCAAAGAAACGCAACUUUUUCUGAUCAGGGAGGGCCAGAAAAAGGGAGUGGUUUAGUGAUAAAACGAUUAUUCCUUGUCUACCAGCCGAACGAUAAGCAGCAAUCGUGCUCGCUCACAAGGCCAGUCAAAUUUGGUGCUUCGCUCUCGCACACACAGUACAAGAUUUUGAGGUGGAAAAUGUCUUCGUCAUUCAUGAGCGUCCAAGAAACGAGUCGUUUCCUAGAAAAAACGACAACCGGCCUGACGCCUUUGAUGCUUGCAGCAAGGGACAGUGACUUCAUGUACUUCCUUGAAUUUGUAGAAAAAUCAGGCGAAAGGGCUGAUGCAACAACAGAAUUCGGAGUAACCCUGCUUCACAUUGCUGCAAUGAACAAAUCUGAUGGAAUGGAUAUAAUCCGUUAUUUCACGUUUGAAGCAGGGCUCGAUUUGAAGAAAAAAGAUGCUGAUGGCGAAGAACCGAUCCACUAUGCGGUUAGACUGGCCGACUUUGAGCGAGCAAAGGAACUGCUGAUUCUCAGAAACAACUUAUCGAAUAUACUCCAUUACUUCGUCACAAAAAAUAACUUGAAGUUCAGCAAGAUUGUCCAUCAACACGACGGCGAGCUGGUUAAGGAAUUCGACUCCAAGGGUAGAUUGGCCCUCCACAUCGCAGCCGAAUUUGCGGGUCCGGAAAUGGUCGAGUGGCUUGUUUGCGAGGCUGGAGUCGACGUCAGGGCCUUGAGCAAAGACAAGUCGACAGCUUUGCACUUCGCUGCGCGAAAUACGCAAAACAGCUACGCAGGAGAAAUGGUUGAGUUUUUCUUGAGUAAAAAGUUGAAUAAGUACGCCAAAAAUGAGUCUGGAGAAACACCAAUGCACGCAGCACUUUCCGUGGAAAAUGUCAAUGUCGCUCGUGACUUGUUGGAUGCAGGUGUGAGGGUUAAGAAGUGUGAUCCGAAUAUUUUGAUGUACUGCGUGAAGAUCAACAAAAUCGAAAGUGCCAAAUUUAUUUCCAACAGGUAUUCGCAUCUUAUGAAAAGGAUCGAUUUUGCAGGGUGCAAUUUACUCCACAUUGCAGCAGAGUUUUCGAACAAGGAAAUGUGCAAGUGGAUCGUCAGCAAAAAUAAAAUCAAGCCUAAGGAUUUGUGCGCCUCAGAAUUGAGAUCCACCGUCUUCCACCACGUGGCAAAAAACAAGGCGCACGGGGUGGAGCUCGUCCGUUACUUCGUCGGCUUGAAAGUUGAUCUCGAUAAAAGGAACAAAUCAGGGGAAACUCCUCUCCAAUAUGCGCUUCAAAACGAAAACCUGGACGUCGCCGACGAAUUGAUUAGCAAUGGCGCUGAUUUAGAUGUUAAGUUUUAUGGAUUGAACAUGUUGCAGUUCUGCAUUUCAAGAAACCUUCUGUACAGUGCCAUAUUUGUGCAUUCAAAGGACCGAAAUCAGAUGCAAGUGAAGGGAAAAGGUGCUGGUGAAAACGCUCUUCACCUCGCGGCAGCCAACGCCGAUCUGAGUAUGUGCCAGUGGCUUUGCAAUGUCCACUUUAAUGCGCGAUUCUUGAGCGAGGAAUUGGAAAAUUCCGUUCUACAUUUCGUCGCCUGCAACGAAAAGCACGGACAAUGCCUCGUCAGCUUUUUUGUUUCCAAGAGUGUGGACAUUAAUGGUCGCAACAAGAAUAAGGAAACGCCCCUGCACACUGCUCUGCGCGAAGAAAACAUCAAAGUCGCCGAGGAGCUUCUUAAAUUCGGCGCUGAUAUAAAUGUCAAAAUCGAUAAUGACAACCUUCUGCACUUUUGCAUCCGCAGAAAGAAACUCGCCAGCGCCAAAUUCGUGUUUGGAGAGAGGCCAGAACUUGUAACGGAAAAAUGCUCUGGAGGAGAUACCGCGCUCCAACUGGCCUUGGAACACGCCGAUCUCGAGUUUUGCACAUUUCUCACUGGAAUAUAUAGGCUCCGUCACCAGCAUCGUUGA